AGAGGAGGGAUGUUCUGGAGAAGGUUAUUGGGGAGUCGUGCCGUCCUUUUGCGAUGACGUAUCGUGGACAAUUCCUCGUUUCGAAGAGGAGGAUUCAAGCGAGAGGGAGGGCACAUUAUCAGGACUUGAUGAGACUGCUGAGUGAUGCUCAAAGUGAGGUACAUGGACAAGGAUAUAUCGAUCAGCCGUGGAUGCCGGGUAAAUCGGACAUUUUGGACAGUCCGCGGUUGGGCUUCACGUUGGAGAGGACUUGGGGAGCCGUGAUGGGGUGUGGGGAGAGGAGGUUGGUGGAGGAGUGUGAGAGUAUGCCGGCUGGAUGGUUGGGCGGUAUGUUGGGAAGAAAGAUGGAGGAUUUGGAGAAGUGUCAGUGUUUGGAUGAGGGUUGAACCUUGGACCCGACCAAGAGAUGGACUCCAGCAGCCAGGGAAGGAAGGUCAUCAGCUUGGGAAUAGCUGCGAGGGAAGCUUUUCAUUGAGAAGUGGAGUCUGGGAAGACUGGAGCUUCAUAGCAAACCACGAUCGAAGUCAGAGCGCCGGACGAGUGCGUGCUUUUCCGCCAUGAAACGCGAGCAUUGCAAACAGACCAACCGCCAGAGAAACCCAAUGCAGGAGACUCACCAGCCGUAGUACUCUGUCAGAAAUCCUCCUCACCCACAAAACUAC